CAAACAACACCGUCUUCUGACUUUGACAGAUGUCCGACAUGCUGUUUCAGGGGCUCUCAGCAGUCUGGGGGGCGAUUCCUCUGCCGGCAUGGCUGUCCUUCCUGGUGAUGCUUCUCAUCAUUGCCGAUUACUGGAAAAGGAGACGGCCAAAGGCUUUCCCUCCUGGGCCUCUGCCCCUUCCUUUCCUGGGCAAUAUGCUCCACUUGGAUCCCAAGAAGCCCCACAUUGCUUUGCUAAAGCUGGCAGAAAAAUAUGGCAAAAUCUUCAGCAUCCAGUUUGGAGGCAAGUGGAUCGUGGUUGUAAACGGAUUGCCUCUGGUCAAGGAAGCUCUUGUUCAUCAAGGAGAAAACUUUGAAGAUCGCCCAAGAUUUCCUCUCAGCUGUGAGGCGUACAAUUCCUUCCCAGCCAUAAUGAAGUACUUGCCAGGACCUCAUCAGAAAGUUUUUAAAAACUGGAAACAAAUUAGGUCCUUUGUAAAAGAAAUCGUCGAAGAGCACAAAGCAGUCUGGAGCCCGUCCCAGACAAGGGACUUCAUUGAUGCUUAUCUAAACGAAAUGGCCAAGGAGGAUACCCCUGCCAGUUUCCAUGAAGCAAAUAUGAUCCAAUCAACACUGGAUCUGUUUUUCGCUGGGACAGAAACGACGGCCACAACCUUGCGCUGGGCUUUGCUCUACAUGGCCAUUUAUCCAGAAGUUCAAGCAAAAGUGCAAGGUGAAAUAGACUCUGUGAUUGGCCAGUCCCGCCAGCCCACCAUGGAUGACCGGGAACACAUGCCCUAUACCAAUGCAGUUGUUCACGAAAUUCAAAGAAAAAGCAACAUUAUACCUUUCAAUGCUCCGCGGAUGACAAGUCGUGACACCACAUUGGCUGGAUUUCAUUUGCCAAAAGGAACUGUUGUCUUCGCCUUGUUGACAUCAGUGCUGUUUGAUAAGGAGGAGUGGGAAACUCCUGAUGCCUUUAAUCCCGGCCAUUUCUUGGAAAGUGGUCAGUUCAAGAAGAGGGAAGCUUUCCUGCCAUUCUCUGCAGGAAAGCGAGUUUGUCUUGGAGAGCAGCUGGCCAGGACGGAGCUUUUUCUUUUCUUCACUGCCCUCCUCCAGAAAUUCACUUUCCAGGCUCCAAAGGACGUGAACUUAAGCCUUGACUUCAUAACGGGAUUCACCCUGCGCCCCCAGCCUUACCGCAUCUGUGCGCUUCCUCGUUAAAAGAAGCAACUUCUGCUAUGGCUCUCCAUAGAAUUAAUUUUUACUGACAAUGUUCCCUUAAAUUGAGAUGGGUAGAUGU